AUGGUUCAGAUCAAGGCAGCUGCACUGGCGAUGCUUUUCGCUAGCCAAGUGCUUUCUGAACCUAUUGAACCCCGUCAGGCUUCAGUGAGCAUCGACACCAAGUUCAAGGCUCACGGAAAGAAGUAUCUGGGAAACAUCGGGGAUCAGUACACCUUGACCAAGAACUCGAAGACUCCGGCAAUCAUCAAAGCCGAUUUUGGCGCCUUGACCCCAGAGAACAGCAUGAAGUGGGAUGCCACUGAGCCCAGCCGUGGACAGUUCUCUUUCUCGGGAUCGGAUUACCUGGUCAACUUUGCCCAGUCUAACAACAAGCUGAUCCGUGGACAUACGCUGGUGUGGCACUCUCAGCUCCCCUCUUGGGUUCAAGCCAUCACGGACAAAAAUACACUCAUCGAGGUCAUGAAGAAUCACAUCACCACGGUGAUGCAACACUAUAAGGGCAAGAUCUACGCCUGGGACGUGGUUAAUGAAAUUUUCAACGAAGAUGGCUCCCUGCGCGACAGCGUCUUCUACAAAGUCAUCGGCGAGGACUACGUCCGAAUUGCCUUCGAGACUGCUCGGGCUGCGGAUCCCAACGCAAAGCUCUACAUCAACGAUUACAACCUGGACUCCGCUUCCUAUCCUAAGUUGACUGGCAUGGUCAGCCAUGUCAAGAAGUGGAUCGCAGCCGGUAUUCCUAUCGAUGGAAUUGGCUCCCAAACCCACUUGAGCGCUGGUGGAGCUCUUAAUGCUCUCGCAGGUGCGGGCACCAAGGAGAUUGCGGUCACCGAGCUCGACAUCGCUGACGCCAGCUCAACCGACUACGUCGAGGUCGUCGAAGCCUGCCUUGACCAGCCCAAGUGUAUCGGUAUCACCGUGUGGGGAGUCGCUGACCCGGACUCCUGGCGCUCCAGCUCCACUCCUCUGUUGUUUGACAGCAACUAUAACCCGAAGCCUGCAUACACUGCUAUCGCAAAUGCUCUCUAG